AUGUCUUGCAUGUGGGUUUGGUUGUAUCAAACGAUUCAAAUAAUUUUGUGCUGCCUAAUUAUAACUGCUGGAGAUAUUACAUUUUUUUCUUACUUAAUGUAUGUAACAGCAAAUGUUAAAGCUUUACAAGAACAUUUUAAAGAUAUUCGAAGAAUUGCUAAAGAUAAACUAAAACAUACAUUUUCAGCUAUACAUGAUGAUUUAAAUGAUGACGAUUUGUAUUCUAGCCCUGGACUGAUUUUUGUUAUGGAAGACGAAAUGAAAAAUUGUUCAAAACACUUACAGUGGUUAAUAAAAAAAGUUGAAGACGUUGAAGAUAUCUACAAUUUCCCGAUUCUGCUCCAAAUGCUGUGCGCUUUAUUCACACUGAUGUCGUGUUUAUACGUUGCAACUUCAGUUGAAAUCUUUAGUACACCUUUCUUGGUUGAAGCUGAAAAGUACUUUAUUUUCACCCUGCAAGUCGCGAUGUACUGUUUAAUUGGAAACAAAGUUGAAGUCGCUUUUUCGGAAAUACCAAAUGCAAUUUAUCAUACAUCUUGGUACUCAGUAAAUAAUUCUUUUAAGAAAUCCAUGAUUAUCAAUAUGAUUCGAUUGAAUAAACCAAUUGGCUUGACAGUUGGAAAAUUUACUGUUUUAAGUCUAGCUUUGCUGGUUAAGGUAAAUAUUUAG